AUGGACUGGUGCUUGGGCAGCUUAACCGUUUUUAAUAAGGAGGAUUUUGAAGGGGAGUGGGUCAGGGUGGCGAGUGGAGGCUGGCAGGUGUACCAAGUGAAGCACAAGCGGUGGAGGAUGGUCUAUGCUGUGAAAUGCUCCCAGUGUCUGCUGCCGGAUUCCAGCUCAGACAGCAUGAACUGCCUUGUCGAAGAGGCAGCCAAGAUGGAGAAAAUAAAAUUGCACCAUAUCGUCUCCAUCUAUGGGAUUUGCAACAGCCCACUGGGGAUAGUGAUGGGACACAUGGCCCAGGGGUCCUUGGAGACAGUGUUCCCCACCCACAAACUGUCCUGGCAGCUCAAGUUCCACAUUAUCCAUGAGAUGGGGUUGGCUAUGAAUUUCCUACAUAACACGACACCACCUUUACUUCACUUAGACUUAAAACCAGGGAAUAUCCUUCUAGAUGGGAAUGUGCACGUUAAGAUUUCAGACUUCAGGUUGUCCACUUGGAUGGAGCAAGUGAGCCGGAUGCAGUACAUUGAGAGAUCAGCCUUGAGGUGCACCCUGAGCUACAUCCCGCCUGAAAUGUUUCUCCAGAGCACCAGGCCUCCAGGAACCGAAUACGAUGUGUAUAGAACCAAAGACAAGGAUCCAUCCUCUCCCAAGACACAAGGAGUAGUGAGACUGAUUUCCCACAUUCCCCACCAGCGAGAUCGAGGGCCUGGAGAGCUUCAUAAUGUCCAAGGAAGUCCGCAGGGCCCAGGAAAUGGCCUCACCCUGCUUCACCUCGUGGUGGUUCAAGGAAAUGUGGAGAAGGUGAAGUUUCUGUUGAGUCGGGAGGCCAACGUGGACAGCCAGCUGGACUGUGGCUACACCCCAUUCAUCGUGGCUGUCCAGAAGAGGUCACCAGAGAUCUGCUCAGCUCUAAUAGAGCACGGCGCGGAUGUCAAUGUGGCUGACAAAGACGGCUGGUCCCCUCUUCACUUCACGGCUCAGAACAGGGAUGACAGGAUUGCGCUCCUCUUGCUGGACCACCAGGCGCGGGCAGACUCCCAAGAAUGUGAAGGCUGGACUCCACUCCACUUGGCAUCUCAGAACAACUUCGAGAACGUGGCUCGGGUGCUGCUUUCCUGCCAGGCUGACCCCAACUGCCAGGAGAAUGAUGGGAGAACUGCCCUCCACAUGGCAGCUUGCUUCGGGCACGUCAGCCUUGUGAAACUCCUGGCCAGCUAAGGAGCUGACCUGGAGAGGAAGCAGAAGAACCACCGGACCCCACUGCACUUUGCUGUGGCGAGGGGUAAGUUCAGGGUGGUCCAAUACCUGCUGAAGAGUGGGGCAUCUGUCAAUGGCCUGGAUGAGAAUCACUACAGUGCCUUGCACAUGGCCGCGGUGAAGGGGAAAUACCUGAUAUGCGAGAAAUUGAUCAAAUACGGGGCCAAUAUGGACUUGAGGAUGGACAAAGGGUGGACCCCCCUACACCUGGCUUGUUUUAAGGGCUGCAUCAAAAUCGUCUGUCUGCUAAGAGACAACCACGCUAAACUGAAUGUCAAAGGAGGCAUGGAUUGGACACCUCUUCAUAUGGCCACCCACUACAGCAAAAAGUCUGUGGUCUGUGAGCUCCUGAGAAGUAGGGUGGACCCCAACAUCAUUGAGAAAUCAGAGUUGACCCCUCUCCACCUCGCGGUCCAGCAAGGUGCCUUCCUGAGCACCAUCAACCUUCUGGAGCACAAAGCAGACAUGAAUGUUAAGAACAAGGUGGGCUGGAUGCCCCUCCAGCUGGCCAUUAGGAAUCAGAAGCAAAACAUUGCUACCUUGCUGCAAGGCAGGGACUUGCCAGUGAAUAACAUGGGGAGCAGGGUGACGUGGAGUGGUGAAAAAGCUUAAAACUGUGAGCUCCAAUUCACCCCUGACAUGGUCAACAGGUGGGAUGGAUUUGUAGAGUCACCAACUCUUGCAAUUUUAUGUUGAGUCUCGCAGUAUUAGAUGUUGUUUCUUCAAUCACUAGCUCUUGGAGUCAGGCGAUUGUAGGAAAAUCUCAACUUUCAUUUUUUUAAAAGUAAAUACAUUUCUAGUUCACGUGUUUGCUGAGAAAAGCUGGAGGACGUGAAUCCGAAAGUCUCCAGGGCCUGAGGGCAAACACAAAGAACCCAACACUGGUUAUUCUUGGGGUCUGACCCAUGUUUUUGAAGGCUUGGGGGUGGGAGUGCUGGAUUUGACCCAUGUGUAUGUGCUUCCAUGGUAGUAAUUUCAUCUGGGAGAUGGAAGUGGAUGCAAAAGCUACACACCUCUGUUUGUCAACAGAUGUAACUCCAGCAGGGUCCAUACAAUCAUUCCCACGUCUCCCACAGAGCUUCCUGCUUCCAUUCCUCCCUUAAAUGGGGAGCUUUUACAGGAAUCAGAGUGGUGCACAGGGUCCUUAGCGUAAGCAGGAAUUGAGGCCCUGUGAUUCCCACCCACUGCUGGAAAUAGACACAGAGCAUAUGGUGCAGUUAUGUGUCCGUUAUUCCAACAUCCCACUUUCAUACCAGCAGCUGCCACGGCAAAUGAAACAAGGAAACAAAACAGACUUAAGGGAAAAAUAAUGCCUGAAAUGGACAACUGGGGUGAGGGAGGGGAAAUCCUAAAAGAAUUCCCCUCCCUUCUUCCCACCAAAAGGGUAAGGGGAGAGGGUGUUUCUCUAACCAUUUCAAAUUAUGUCCUCAGAUGUCUCCACACCUUGAGGCAUUGAGCAGAGGACUUACCGUCACGGAGCUGGUUCUAGGGAUGGGUUAAGAGGUGAACAUGAAUUCAACCCUCAUCCCCUGUCCCUCCAGGCCACGGAUAUACUAGUUGACAACAGAUUUGUUGAAAUGCCCACAAAUAUCUGAGCCAGGAGUGGAGUUUUACAGUAUGUGGGUACAGAUGCUCAGACUUUGAAAAGCAGCCUCUGAUUUUGGGUGUCCGACUUGAGAUGUCCUGUUUUUCACCAAUGCUGAGUAGCCAAUGAAGACAAUGGGAGCUGGAGGUGCUCAGCACCUCUAUAGAGAGGCACUGGAUAUCCAAACCUGGGGAUGCAACGCUCUGAAUGAGAAGCCCCUGUUGAAAAUUUGGGCCUGCGUGUGUUUGUGUGUGGGGUCAGAAAAGGUUCUGUGGUAAAUUCCUCCCAUUGCUGGCGUGUUUAGUCCUCUCCAUGCUGAAGAGAUAACUGCAGGAGGCUGUCUGGCCCAAAUGAGCCCGCACUGCCUCCAAAUGAUCAGCACUGACUUAUUGUUAUGCAACAGAAUCGUCAGCUUUCAGGAAACGGUGCCAGGUGUUUUCUCUGCUAGACUAGGAUUCUUGAUCAGCUGUCUGGGAGAUCUCCUAGAGGGUGGUCACACGGGGUCAGUUGGUCUCCUCUCUCCUUGCCCUUCAAGAGCCGGGAAUGGUGUAGAGUAUUUAUCAGUUUGCAACUUGGAACAGGGCACAGCAAUGGGACACAAAUAUAUUUGUGAAUACAUAAAUAAAAGUGGAGCCUUUUAUUCCAGCCUCAUGUUUGGCAGAGCCGGGACCAGUGUUUUGAGGAGUGUGGGACGAAAUGAUCUUUCAGCUCAUCUUUUGUUGAUGGGGAGGGGAAAAAGUGGCUUCUCUUGGCCAGCUGGUUUCUCUGCCUUUUGCUAGAUCCCUAACAACGGUGGAGGGCUGCAGUAACCAGUGUGCGGCCCCGACCUGGCAGUGCAGCACCCAAGAGGUUAAUUCCUUACUACUUGUCUGUUUUGUACUUAGCACUGUGCAGGCACAAAAUGAGGACAGAGCUUGAAGUCUCAGAGAGAGACAUAGAAGAGCCAGGAAACAGAGGACUCAGUGUGUUUUUCUUUUUGAAUUAUAUACGUGGACCUUGCAGGCCUCAGAGAAGAAAUGUGAUUUUAAGGGGGAUGACCCGCUGGGGAACUGGGAGAGGAACAGUCCUCUAUGCACCAUCAUCACAACUAAGUCAUUGUAUUCUUAUGAAUUAUUAGAAUAUAUUCUAUAUUAAUUGCAAUAUAUUGACCAUAUUUGAUAGUGCCUGGUCCACAUGCACUGUAUUGCGAGAGAGAAUUUCAUUUUAGCCCAAGCAUUAACAGGACUUAAUUCUCGUUAAGUAUUUGCUUGGAAGGCGGAUUUUAGGCCUGGUCCAAAGCCCACUGAAGUCAAUGGGAAUCUUUCAAUGGGCUUUGGAUCAGACUCCAGCCUCUGUAGUGCCAUUGGUCCAGGUGAAACCUGAGACGGAAGAGCAAUCAUUCCACCAGGCUUAGAGAAAUUCAGCUUUGCCUUUCCCCAGAAUCUCUGCAUUGAAACCCAGCCUUGUGCUCCUUUCAGGCAGCCCAUCUGGGCUGCUUUCAGCAACUUAGCAGUGCCUUUCUUUGCAAAGGAGCCUCUGGCUGGGCUACCGGUUAUUUGCAGGGAUGCCUUACGGCUUCUGAGUGAAGUGCCCCUGCUCCUAAGACAGGGAGUUAACUGGAGUGUGGUCUUUGGUGCACACAUUGCCUUUACAAUGGUGGAUGAAAACUUCUGAGCAGCCUUUGAUGACCCUUAUUUUAUCCGGUGAGAACUCUGAAAUAAUGAUGAAUUUGUCAACUUGCACAUGCCCGAGAUGGUGACUCUUUCUUUGUCUUCUCAGUUGCUGAGAAGCAGUGUUAUAAAUAAACAACCCUGUAGCCCCAGGUGGGAGGAGACUCAUCUUUCCUGAUGAACUUGUUUGCAAGGGCUGUAUCUCACCCUUCCCAGAUGAUGGAAGGCCACAGUAUAUUUGCUCAUGCAGCUCUCAUUACUCAGGUUCUGACCCGGCUUGUAACAUAUGUUUGUAUAGCAUGGAGCUCAGGAAAUCAUAAAUAAUAUCAUCUCCCCUCAGCUUAAGCUUUCUGUCCCAGCAAACAGACCUAAGUGACCAUGUAAAUAUUUCGUUUGCUCCCUUUGAUGAGAGAGCUGUAGGCACCAGACAAGCAGACUUCAUAGCUCUGGACAGAGAAGUGUUGAAGCUACCAAAGCCCGGGUAGCUGUGCUCAGACUGAAAGGAAAUUUAAUUUUGCACUGGAAGUGCCAACACAGCUUUAACACAAAGGGAGUUCUAGCCAGGCCCCUUGUCUGAGGUGGGAUUUGAGAGGCGCCGGCUCUCUGCACGGAGGGGAUGGGGAUGGUGGUGAAAUUCACCCCAGGGAAAUAAAGGUGAGCAGGACUGGGAUUGGGAGCUGCUUUCCAUUGCUAGGCAGGAGCCCGGGUUACCCUAUUCAGACAAGGUUCUGUUUGAGGGGCACAGUGGAUUUCUUAACUGUGCUCAUAUCUAGACAUGGUCAGUCCAAUAAAUCACCAAAUGGUUUUCUCCUGGAAGGGCUGAUGAGGGUUAGAGCAGGAAAAGGAGGAAGCAAGGGAAAUGACAGUGCUAAAAAUACCUUGUGGAAACUGAAGCCUAUUUCACAGUCUGAAUUAUGUCCCUAUGUAUUGCUCCAGUUAGCUGCUGUUUUCCGGAGUGGAGUCUCAACUAGCUGGAAUUCUCUGGUCUGUGUGAUGUUAGAGGUCAGACUGGAUGAUCACAGUGGUCCCUGCUGGCCUUAAAAAUCUUGUGCAUGUAUUUCCCUUUGCUUUUGCCUGGGAGCCUGCAAUGAGGACAUUGCUGAAAACUGCGACAGGAUACAGCCUGUGCCCGGUUGUAGCUGCCAAGCGCCUGGCCUUUUGGAGAGUGAUUGACAAACACGAUAGACGGGAGGACCCUGUUCCCCGGCAAGUCCCUGACACUGUUUAGCUGCAUGGGGGCAACCUUCGUCUCCCUUUGGACAUUGUCUGUCUGUGAAGAGAAUCCAAGGGCGGACUGCCACCUUUUUGCUGUCAGACGAUGCUGACAUUUUGCCGGCUGGGAAGCGAAGGGUUUAGAUGCGGCGAUUAAAUUGCGCUAAUUAAAAUGUGAUUUUUAUUUUUCUUUUGCGGGACAUGGAUGCAGAAAACUGCCAGUUCCAUUUCCCAUCUUCUGCUGCACAGAGCUGGCAGGCCUUUGCUUGUUGCUAUGGUCAGAAGAGAGGUCUAGUAUUCAGCUUGGAACACUGGGGCCAACAUCAGUAGCUCUGCCUUUUUGUUAGGUCCCUCCAGUUCCCUGCCUCCUGGCCAGUCUUAUUAAUCGCUCCUCAAACAGAAGCCAUUCCAUACUCCUAAUAAUUAGUCUUGCCCUUUUCUGAACCUUUCCCAAUUCCAAUAUCUCUUUUUUGAGAUGGGGCGACCACAUCUGCACGCAGUAUUCAAGAUGUGGGCGUACCAUGGAUUUAUAUUUAUUCCUACCCUUUGUUUCCUAUCUUUUAACCAGUUACCAAUCCAUGAGAGAAGCUUCCCUCUUAUUGCAUGACUGCCUACUUUGCUGAAGAGCCUUUGGUGAGGGACCUUGUCAAAUCAAUUAAUCAGUUCCCUGCCAUUUUAGAUCCUCAGGCAUUGGUGCACUUCCAUCCCUCCGAGUCUCUGCCUGUAGCAUAGAAAAGCGUAGUCUCCUGAGGCCGGUAAGACUUUGGUCUAAUUUCGGUUGUGGGGUUUAGUGUGUGAGUGGCUGCAUGGUGUUGGUGGCCUGUGAUACACACAAGGUCAGAUUAGAUGGUCCCUUCUGACCUUAAAUUCUGUGACCCUUGAUAUCCUUUCCAGCCCUACAUUUCUAUGAUUCUGUUAAACAAAUUGUUUUGAUUUUCUUGCUUCAAUAAGGUAAAAACGUUUCAUGUUGUUGAUCUGAUUCAUUAUGUUUGGACU